AACCCUGCAAGUGACGUGGAACAUGUGGACAAAAACGCUAAAUCCCUGCGUAUUAAGACGGCAUCAAAUCUAUUAUAUCUAUUAUUUAAUCGGCUAAUGAUUUCUCUCAGUUAGUCAAAAGGCUCUAAAUACCACCCGGGCUGACGAAACAACUGUUUUUUCAAGCUUGAUUCUUGAAGUUGCCAGAAGGAGUCAGGAUUGGCGUCUGUUACUGAAGGAUUAACGUUCCCAUAUUGUAGCAGCCAGAUAUUCACAUGAGAACUCCUUAAGAAUCCUGUGAUCUCCAGUCAUGGCUAGUCCACACGAUUUAACGUUUCAGGAGUUUGAGGAAGCCGCAGAUCUCCUGUCUUCAAAUCCUGGAGCCUCAACCCUGAGCAUCUCCUCAUCUGUAGAGGUCAAAGUUGAUCUGUCAGAAGAUGAAGACAAUCAGCAAGAGAGCUCAGAGUUGCUUGGAGGUGAAAAACAAACUGGUGGCUUUUGGACGUUUGAAUACUAUCAGUCAUUCUUCAAUGUAGACACAAUACAGGUGCUGGAUAGGAUAAAGGGCUCGGUCAUACCUUUGCCAGGACGGAAUUUCGUCAAACACCACAUUCGAAAUAACCCUGAUCUCUAUGGUCCUUUCUGGAUCUGUGUGACUCUAGUGUUCUCCGUGGCCAUCAGUGGAGACCUCUACACAUUUCUGAUCAAUAUGGGAGACCCAGGCUAUCACUACAGACCUCAGUUCAACAGAGUCUCGAUUGCAGCCGUCACUGUGUUCCUCUAUGCAUGGCUGGUGCCUCUGGGAGUUUGGGGCUUCCUGACGUGGCGUCAAAGUGUUGAGAGACGAAUCAGUGGUUACACGUUUUUAGAGACCGUGUGUGUCUAUGGAUACUCUCUGUUCAUUUAUAUCCCUACCUCGAUAUUAUGGACGAUUCCUGUUUACUGGCUCGAGUGGCUAUUGAUCAUCAUUGCCUUGGUGAUCUCUGGCUCAGUGUUGGUAAUGACAUUCUGGCCGGCUGUUCGUGAUGACACCAAACUAACGGCUUUCUCUACUAUGGCAGUAAUAGUGUCACUGCAUGCUCUUCUGGCUGUUGGCUUCAAGCUCUAUUUCUUCCAAACACCAACAUACACAGGAUCAUCGCACUCCGGACAACAGACUACCCCAGCGGCAAAUCACACAACACUUACCUUGGGAAAGCAUCAAUGACCAACCGAAUGGGAACCUAGGAGUCUUUAUAUUUGAAGGACAUGGAAAUAAUUCUGACGAUAAAUGAGCAACGGAGGAGUUCAGAUUAGUGAUUCACACAAGCAUUCCCAGCAAACACAUUGAAAGUGUUUCCAGUUUGUAUCGAACUUAGCAGAUAAACAACCUUCCUCAGAUCACAAUGAUUUACUGAAGACUUUAACUUGUACUAUUUUACUUUAGUAUGUAGUGACCAACUUAUUUUCCUCAAGUGUUAUGGUCACUUAAUGUCCAUUUAUUACCUAUACUUUAAGAGGAUUUGCCUAUUUUUGUUUCUUUCGAUCAAAAUGGAGUAAUUUAUAAGAGUGGUCUUGUAUUACUGUGAACUGCUUUGAGGUUUGCUUUAUAACCCCUGACUGCUUUCCUCUUAGGCUACUUUCUCUCUCAUUUUUCUGUAAAUUGGGAGAAAGUACCUGUAUUAUUUAAUGUUGCUUUCCUAGAGAGUUUGACACUGGAUUAAAAUAAUUCUUGUCAGGGUCAAAGGUGUUAUUUUGAGCUUGUUUGGUUUGAUUGGGGACAGAUGCAUCACCACUCCUACUUGGGCCACACAUUUCUGAGAAGGUAUGCUUUGCACUCAAUUAAUAUAAAGGUUCAACCAAAAACAAAACUUUUUGUCAUCAUUUACUCACCCUCAUUUGGUAUCAGUCCAAACCUGUGAAACUUACUCUGAAAAGUGUCUGUAAUCAAACUAUGUUGGUGCCCAUUGACUUCUACUGUAUGGAUAUAAACACUUAAGAAAUUUCUCUAAAUAUCUUUUGUUUUCCUCAAAACAAAGGUAUAUUUUUGAAAUGAUUCAAUUAUUAUUUUUUCUUUUCAAAAAUAAUUGAAAAGGAUGAUUCACCAAAAAUGAAUGAUCUCAUUCUCAACCCUCAUUUGAAUCCUGUAUGACUUUCUUUCUUCCACCAAUCCAGUUCAGUCUAGUCCAAUUUGAGCUUUUUCAUAAAACAAAAGUGGACCGUGCCCAGUGACUGACAAACACAAAGGAUAUAACAGUACUUUAAAAUGAGUUCCUAUGACUACAAGUAGUAUUCUGAAACAAUUCAACAGCUUUAUUUUAGAAAAUGUAAUUAUUGAAAUUGUGCGCUGGCUGCUUUAAUUAUAUAGAAAAGAGCAGCUUAAGCAGCAAGAUUUCUCCUUAGUUUCAUCAAAGACUGAAAGAUAGAAAGUCAUAUGGGUUUCAAACUACGAGUAACAUUACAGAAUUUUCUAUAAUACUUUACAAUAAAGCUAAUAUAUUUGCAGCCUU